GCGGCGUUUUCCUGUCGCCUGGCAACCGUCCGUUCACGGGGCCUGAGGCCUGGCGCCUGGCAUCGCUGUCUGAAGGCAGGAUGGGUAAGAAACAAAAGAAGGAAGUUGAGGCAUCUCCAAAAGAUGCAUUUAAUACACUUAUUAUUGAGAGCAAAAACAUGCAGACUGUCGUUCUUAUGCUGGAUUCACCAGAAGACGAAAUUUUGCUUAAAGCAUGUGAAGCCAUAUACAAAUUUGCUGAAAAAGGUGAUGAAAACAAAAUGAUUCUCCUGGCCCUUGGAGCUGUUCCAAAAUUAGCUAAAUUAAUAUCCCAUGAUGACAAACAAAUCCAUAUGUAUGCUACCAUGGGAUUUGGAGUGAUGGCAACCAAUAGUGAAGUUCGAAAAUCAAUAAGGCAGUUGGAUUUUCUACCAUCCAUUAUUGCAUGCCUAGCUCCAGAUGAUGAUGUUGUUGUCCAUGAACUUGCUACACUGUGCCUAUCUUCCAUGUCUGUUGAUUUCACGAGUAAAGUGGAGAUUUAUGAGAAAGGUGGGAUGGGACCACUAAUUCAACUUCUUUCAAGCCCUGACCCUGAUGUUCAAAAAAAUUCCAUUGAGUGUAUUUCAAAUUUAGUUAAGGAUUAUGUGUGUCGUGUUGCCCUUAAUAAAAUGAAUGGAAUUUAUCCUGUGCUGAAUUUACUAAACUCUGAAUAUCCUGUCAUCCAACAAUUGGCACUGCAAACCCUAAUAACUGUCUCCAGCGAUGCAGGGAGCAGAAAGGCACUGUUUCAGAAUGAAGGCCAUGAAACACUUCUGCAGGUUCUUGAUACACCGGAAUUUAGCGAUCUUCAUGCAGAUGCAUUGCAUGUCCUGGCAAACUGUCUGGAAGAGGCACAAAAUGUUACGAUUAUCCGUGAAUCAGGAGCUUUGGAAAAGUUUUUGUUAUUUCUAGCUGCGUCCUCGUUUCCUGAAGCACAGAGGCAUGCAACUAAUGCAAUCACAAGAUCAGCUCGUAACAGUGAAACGAGAAACAUUUUCCAUCAGGAAGGUUUGGAAAAAGUAUUGGUGAUGCUUUUAGGAAUCAAUAAUGAUGCAGUCAAAAUAGCUGCCUGUGAAGCAGUGUCAGUUAUGUGUGCAUCUGACUCUAGUAAAGAGGCUUUCAGAACAGAAGAAGCUAUUUUUCAGAUAGUUCCACUACUAACAAGUGACAGUGUGGAAAUGAGAGAAGCUGCUACAUUAGCUCUAGCAAAUUUAACAACUGCUAAUUCCAGCAAUGCCAGUGCUGUAUUUGAUGCUGAAGGUGUGGAACCAUUGGUGAAAUUGCUGACUGAGCCAGUGGAUGGCAUUGUUAUCAAUGCUGCUGCCACAAUUACUAAUCUCGCCUUACAGGAACCAAUACGUGCCAGUAUUCAGAAUUGUGGGGCUAUGACUGCUAUCGUGGAACCCUUGAAGUCUACCAACACAUCGGUUCAGAGCAAGGCUGCACUACUUGUAGCUUCAUUAGCUUGUGAUGUAAUUGGAAGAGCAGAGCUUAGAAAUGUAGGUGGUUUGGAACCACUUGUUGAACUGCUCCAUUCUACUAAUGAUGAAGUGAAACGCAAUGCCUGCUGGGCUGUACUUGUUUGUGGAAAAGAUGAGCCGACAACAGCUGAACUUUGUAAACUGGGUGCUUUGGACAUCCUGCAAGAAAUAAACCUAUCCUCAAGUCACAAGAAUAAUUUUAGUGAUGCAGCUGUGAAAAGACUGCUUGACCAUAAUGCAGCUCUCAAAUAUUGUCUGACUGGCUACUUGUCAUUCGAUGACAUCAUCACAGAUGGUUUCUAUGAUCCCGGUCAGAUAAAACCAAGCAUGAAGGUCUUGACUCUGGAAGAACACAGUAAUCAAGAGGUGAACCAGCACCGGCCAAUACUGCUAAUUAAUGCCAAAAGAGCAGAUGGACACCAGAUGGCAGGAUUGCCUAUAGAAGAAAAACUCACUGAGGCUCCGUUAGCUGUCAGUAAUCGUUUCCCUUCUAGCAAAGCAAACAGCAAAGAUAAACCAUCCAGCAAAGGAAGAAGCAGAGGGAAAAAAGAAGAGGAAAAAGUUAAAGAGGAACAAUCGCAUGCCAAGACUGAGGAGGAAGAAAGAAAUAAACCAUGGGAAUGUCCAUAUGAUGUACUUUUUGAUGCCUAUCUCAGUGAAAUUACAAGAAAUAUUUUACCUCUCAUCAGCACAAAAGAACAAAUUGUGGCACUUGCAAUGUUUGUUUCUGAAAAGAUGGGUGGACCUAUAAGCAAGGAAAAGCUUCACGAAUUCACCUGGGAACUACACAUUGCUGAACUGAAAUUUGAAUUAAAAUCUAACAUCAUCCCCAUUGGAAAAAUUCAGAAAGGAAUCUACUACCACAGAGCCCUUCUAUUCAAGGCUUUAGCAGAUAGAAUAGGAAUCAGUUGCAGUCUUGUUCGUGGAGAGUACAACCGAGCCUGGAAUGAAGUCAUGUUGGUUGAUCAAUCAGCUCAAGAUGUCACUGGGCUUUUCAUUCCACCAACAAAAUACAUUGUGGAUCUUGUGCACCAAGUAGGCAGCUUGAUGAGAACUGACAGUCCUGAUGCAGCACAUUAUGAAAGUUUCACUACUUGUAAACAUACACCUUGUAAAUGUUGCAAACAGUUGUCUUGGUACCUGGAUCACUUUGAAAGAAAAUAAAUAAAUUGUUAAAGUCUGCACUUGACACCUUCAAAUUUAGAAUUUAAACAGUUUAUAAAUUGUUGCUACAAAAUUGU